AUGCUUUUCUGCCGGCUCUUCGGCUUGGCUGCCCUCUCGGCAAGCCUCGCUGCUGCCGUGGAGCUCACAGGCUAUGAAUAUGUCGUCGUCGGAUCAGGAGCUGGUGGCGGCCCUCUCGCUGCUCGACUCGCUUUGGCUGGCCACAAGACACUGUUGAUCGAGGCGGGAGAUGACCAGGGCCUGAAUACCAACUACAGUGUGCCGGCAUAUUCUGCCAAAUCCUCCGAGGAUGGCGCUAUUGCCUGGAACUUCUUCGUCCGUCAUUACGCAGACGAGGAUCGUCAAGCUCGCGACUAUAAAACGACCUAUGUAACCCCCGAGGGUGAGGAGUACACUGGCCUUAGCCCUCCCGAGGGUUCAACUAUGAAGGGUACUCUGUAUCCUCGCACUGGUACCCUUGGGGGCUGCACGGCCCACAACGCUCUCAUCACUAUCUACCCGCACGAAUCUGAUUUCGAUUAUAUCGCGACCCUCACGGGCGAUGGAUCUUGGUCCCCCGCUAACAUGCGCAAGUACUUUGAGCGCAUGGAGAACAACCAUUAUCUCCUCCCUGGCAUCCCCGGCCAUGGCUACGACGGCUGGCUGAGCGAUGAAGAGGCGCCGGUCAGUCUUGUGCUAGAAGAUCCCCAGUUAUUAAGCAUGUUGCUUGGUGGCGCAUUUGCUCUGGGCAAUCAAACCAAUGCGGUGUUCAACAUUGCGACACUCUUGGCUGCCGACGCCAAUAGCGACUCGAAGUCGCGCGACACCAACCCGGGAUACUACCAGGUUCCGGUCGCUACUGACGGUGGCAAGCGUAAUGGCCCUCGCGACUUCCUUGUUGCUGUGCGAGAUGCUACCAAUCUUGAUGGCUCGAAGAAAUAUCCCUUGGACAUUCGUACUAAUUGCCACGUUACUAAGGUGACCUUUGAGAAUGAUACCUCGACCGGCACCCCGCGUGCUACUGGUGUAGAGUUCCUCGAUGGAAAAUAUCUCUACAGUGCCAGUCCCCGCUCUGCUACUGCUGCCAAGGGUGUUCCAGGCAGUGCAACCGCGUCGCGCGAGGUCAUCGUCGCUGGUGGAGUCUACAACUCCCCGCAACUGCUGAAGCUGAGCGGUAUUGGCCCUGCGGAUGAGCUUCAAAAGUACGGAAUCAACGUUGUGAAAGAUCUUCCCGGCGUUGGCACCAACUUGCAAGAUCACUAUGAGACCGCCGUUCAGGGCCAUGUUCCUAGGAAUUUCUCAGCGCUAGAAGGUUGCACCUUCAACGCAGCAGAUGAUCCUUGCUUAACCCGCUGGAAGAAUCCAAUUCUUGGAAACCGUGGUAUCUAUUCUUCUGCCGGAUUUGCCAGCACUAUGUUCUAUAAGAGCUCGGUAACCGCAGACGAUAGCUAUGAUGCAUUUGUCUUUGGCGGACCUGUCAAUUUCCGUGGUUACUUCCCGAACUACAGCAUCAACAUCACCGAACGCCAUGACUGGUUCACCUGGGCCGUUCUCAAGGCUCACCCUCGUAACACCGCCGGAUCCGUGACUCUCCGCUCUGCCGAUCCUCUCGAUAUGCCGGAGAUCGUCUUCAACUACUUCGAUACCGGCAGCGGUGACUACCAGGCUGAUCUACAGGCUAUCACCGAAGCUAUUGGUCUCGCCCGCGACGCGUUUGAUCGUCAGCUUGUGGACGUGACUGAAGUGCUUCCUGGAAAGGACGUCACCUCUGCCGAGGAUAUCCACAACUACAUCAUGAACACUGCCUGGGGCCACCAUGCCUCGUGCACUUGCCCCAUCGGUGCGGAUGAUGAUCCGAUGGCGGUGCUGGAUUCUAAGUUCCGGGUGCGCGGUGUGAAUGGCCUUCGUGUUGUCGAUGCAUCGGUUUAUCCUCGCAUUCCUGGUACUUUUACCGCUGUCUCGACGUACAUGGUGGCUGAGAAGGCGGCGGAGGAUAUCAUCAAUGAUGCUAGUUCCAACUGA